AUGGCCCGGCUUGGUCCCCGCGCCUCUUUCCAGACUGCAAGCUCACUGGGCUCCGAGGUGGACUCGCAGGUGCAGGGGGCUACAGUUGCUUCGGAUGUCCGGGUUGACACUUUCACGGCAGUGGGCCCCUUUGCGUGCCGAAGGCCCAAGGCAACUGCUGUCCUAAAUCCCUUAUCUCCUCCAAAAAAGCAGGUCGAGUUCAUCUCUUUGGCGCUGGAACGACCUAAUAGCCCAUCUUCGGGCACGGCAUUGAGCACGCACUGCGAAACGCAAGUCUGCAAUGUGCAGCUGCUGGACGAGGAAGAUAUCUACUUCCGCGUCAAUCUGAGAGAUGCGGAGAUGAGGCCUAUUCCCAUGUUGGUCACGAGAUCCACAGAGACGCAGACUGACUGCUUCGACGCAGGGACCCGGACCGAAGCGACACAGACAGAAUUGGAGGCAUGGAGCCCUCUUGCAGAGGUCACCACAGCCACCGCCGACCCAUGUGGCUUUGCAGAGUCAGGAGACGCAGCUGCCGGAUGCGUCGCCUUCCCGGAUGAGGCCGAGGAGAUCUUCACAAAGGUGGAGGCGGAGCCAGGCGAAGAGGCAGAAGGAUGGGAUGGAAGUCCAGGGAGCGAUGGCCUUCGAGCUGAUGAAGACGAGGUGACAGUGGCAGAAAAUGUGGAGGCCGACGAUGGCCCAUCUCCUGACGACAUGUUGGUGCAGACGUCGCUUGUGACCCACAUGGAGGAGACCAUGCUUGCGCAUGAUGCGGCUGCCCAAGCGGCUCUCGCGGGUCACGUGGAAGAGUCGACGGAAGCUCGGGAGAUAGUCCGGACGGCGGCUUUGGAGCACGUCGAAGAGACCCGGCGGGAUCGGGAGGAGGAGGAGCUGAGGCUGCAACGGCCCUCGUCUCAGCUCACCCUUUCCGAUGCUGAAGCUCCCAUGGGGCUUCCAGCUCCGGAGGAGCCGUCAGAAGCAGAGGCAGAAGCGGACGUGACCGAUGUGAUGGAGGCCCACAACCGGGAGAUUGCGCCGCAGGCGGACACACAGGACGAAGAGCUGGAGGCCUGGCGCUUACGGGUCCAGCUCAUGAUGCUUCAGGAGGCGGCCGCCUCUUGCAUCCCAGCGAAGAUGAGCCCUCGAGAACUUGUCCGCACUCUCGGAAUGGCCAUGGCAGACUCGCCCUCCUUUGCGCAGGCUUCGCCGGAAGACGUCACCCACCCCAGCUCGCGCGGCUCGCUCCUUGCGGAGGGACUAAUGACACCGCCAUCACCGCCAGCUCCCUCUUCGGCGCGGUCUCGUCCUUCCGAGGCUUCCGGGGUCCCGCUUCGGUGCUCCGCUCUGUUCGACGACAAGGAGUUUUCUCCAAAGAAGGUGCACCCGGUGCCGCCCCUGGACUUCAGUCGGGUCUACAUGGGCGAUGCCGACACGGAUUUUGGUGACUACGAGGGUGCAGACUCCACCUGGAUGACGCACGGACGCUCCCUUACUCCCACGACUUCUUCCUCCUCGCGUCUGAGCAAGUCAACAUCGGAUGGCAGGCUCUUGCAAGCCUCCGUCUUCUCCUGUGCCCCAGCGGAUCUCCAGGCCCAGGCCUCACCGGAGGAGAAGUAUCGCAGAUUUGUGGGCAAGAUCCGUGCGAAGCAUCUGCUACCUCCACGAACGUCGCCUUUUGCCAAGCCACAAGUCCUCGCCCCAAUCACUUACAAGGCUGGUGGAGCCUUUGGAAACAAGGCAAAGAAGGUCGCAGCGAGGGCUUUGCCCGCCACUCCUUUCAUGGAACAGUUGCAUUCGCACUUCCACCAUCAUUUCCACUUUCGAAAUAAUCUGCCGCCAAUUUCUCAUAGCGUCGACUUUGAGACAGGUGCAAGCACCGACUCCUUUUAG